AUGGCAAACACUGAAACGUAUAAUGCCCACUUUCAGUGGCUCCACUCGAUACCCAUGAGGCUAAAGCAGUACCGAGUGUCGUUGGCUGAAUUCCUGUUCCUAGUUUCGUUUCCUAUCAACUUUAUUGUUGGCAAAACCAUCCAUUGGUGUGGUCCCGAAGAAGAGGUGUACAACUACUACAACAACAAAAACAACGUGUUCAACCAAAUUUUCGUGAAAAGAGGAUGGUUCUGGACGACGGUGGUGUUGGUGGCUUUCUAUGGUGUUAUCUUCACAUCAACAACCCACUCCUACAUUAAAGACACUCCCUACUCUCAGAGAAUGCACUUGUUACGUCGCACAUUAAUGAGAUAUUUGGUGAUGACAGUGUGGUGGGUGUUGUUCACCCAGUGGUGUUUUGGGUUGCCACUCAUGGACAAGGUGUUUGUGUAUACGGGAGGUAAAUGUGCCAAUGUUCUGUCGGCAGCGGUUGCGGGAAUGGAAGCAUUCUUCACAGCCACUUCGUCGCCAGCGGUGUACGAGUCCAACAAAAUCACCUCAUAUAUGUGUCGCCGGCUAAAGGGAACGUGGCAGGGAGGUCAUGAUCCUUCAGGGCAUGUUUUCUUGCUUACUCAUCUGUCGCUCUAUCUCUUUCACGAAAUCUUACCGUACUGGGACUGGAGUCGAGCACAGGCCGCGGUGACGAAUUUCCGGUCGCACAACGGGCUGGUUCGCGAGCUUGUGUUGACGCUUCCUCAUUUGGUGGUGGCGCUGCUCAUUGGGUUGUGGUGGUUCAUGCUUUUGAUGACGAACAUCUACUUUCAUUCUGUGGGGGAAAAGUUUGUGGGGUUGAUGUUUGGAUUUGUGGCAGUAGCGGUGGUGUACUAUAUGCCGCGAUGGAGAUAG